GGGUAACUUCAUAGCAUGCACUCUGUGGGGACCAAUGGUUGAAAUGCUAUUGACUUACAAGCUUACUACAUCCGAUCCAAUUGUGAUGCUCCUGCAGUGUUGCAAGGCAAGGAAGUAUCAAGGACACGUUCAUGUCUCAAACAUGUUCAACACAACCAAGGUCAUAUUGAACGGGGAUGAGGAGGAGUUUGCUGACUUUAAGUCCAGGAUGGCUUUGAGGACUGGUCAGGGACUGAGCUUUACUAUAACUUCGGACACCUCUAAUGAUGCAGACAUUGCAAUGGGACAGCAAGAUCUGAUAACCAUUGAGGCACUAGGGAAACUGCAAGAGGACGGAAAACACUGGGUGUACGGAGAGAUCGUAGCAAUCGACAGCUAUAAGGAUUGGUCGUACGUUUCGUGCAUAGGGUGCAAUAGGAAAGUCUCGCCUAACGGAGACAGCUUUUGGUGUGUUUCAUGCAGCUCUAACGAUGCAGUUCUGAGGUACAAGGUCAAUGUUCGGGUUGUUGAUGGAACUACCCAUGCCUCAUUCUUGCUUUGGGAUAGGGAAGUCUC